GCGGAGAGCUCGAAGGACGCCGAGAAACGCCAUUCCACUCAUAGCAAACCCUCCGAAUGCGUUGCCUGCACGGAGCUACGCCCCAUGAGCGACAUGUUUGUGGCGCCGUGCUCACAUCAAUACUGUCGAAAGUGCAUACACAAGCUAGUCGAAGACUCCCUCAUCGACGAGUCGCUUUUCCCUCCUCGUUGCUGCCGCAUGCCGAUCGUUUUGUCUUCCGUGCAAGCAUUUCUAGGCCAAGAGCUAGCCAAACGGUACGAGGAGAAGAAAAUGGAGCGCGAAGACCCAUACAGAACCUAUUGCCCAAACGCAGCGUGCGCGACAUACCUUAUGCCAUUCCAAGUGCAGGGCUACAUUGGUACAUGCAAGAUUUGUCGCCAGCAGACAUGCACUCUGUGUAAACGACAAGUCCAUGCUGGUGCUCAGUGUAUCGAUGAAUAUCACGAGGUCUUGGAUUUGGCGAAAGAGCAAGGGUGGCAGCGCUGUGCCAGAUGCCGCAACAUUGUCGAGCUGGGAACGGGCUGCAACCAUAUCACAUGCCGAUGUAGGUAUGAGUUUUGCUACGUCUGCGGAACCAAGUGGAAGAAGUGCAGAUGCGAGGUAUGGGAUGAGAACAGACUGUUACAUCGAGCCCAGCACGUUGCUGGCCGGGACCAAGUCGAGCCCCCUGCUCAAGCUGAGGUGCAACGGGUGGUACAAGACUUACGGGAGCGCCAUGAAUGCGAUUAUGAUGGCCGCUGGAAGCGUAUCAACCGAGGGCAGGAAUGUGAGGAGUGUCUUGAAUAUCUUCCGGAUUUCAUAGUUGAAUGUCGCCAGUGUCAUCUUCGGGUCUGU